GUAAUCAAAUUGGUAUGAGUAUUUCACUAUUUCAGUUUGCGUGCAGUACUGCUAUUUAGCGUUGAAGCUCCCUCGAAAAUUCGAUCAAAUCCCCAGCAGAUCUACGGUCAAUGGCCAAGGAAUUUAAAGCACCGCCGGUCAUAUUCCCGUCCGGCGGAACCCCAGGCACACAGCAGCGUCGCCCACCGGCGGCACCGUUCCAGCCAUCGAGAUCUUCGAACCCUAGCAUCCCAUUCAUGUCCUUUGACAUUGGUUCCGCUCCCGCGUCCACCUCGUUCUCCACCCCACAAUUCGCCCCCACCACCAUCAAUGGCGGAUCUACUGGAUUCGAGGACGAGGCUCCGCUUCUCGAGGAACUUGGGAUCAACACCAAACAAAUUUACCAGAAAACUCUGUCGAUUCUGAACCCUUUCCGAGUCAAGGCAGAUCUUCAUGAAGAUGCCGAUCUCUCCGGGCCAUUCCUGUUCCUCAUGGCGUUCGGGCUAUUCCAAUUGCUCGCUGGGAAGUUCCAUUUCGGAAUCAUCUUGGGGUGGGUGGUCAUGGCUUCCGUAUUUCUGUAUGUGGUGUUCAACAUGCUAGCUGGACGAAACGGGAACUUGGAUUUGUACAGAUGCGUCAGUUUGGUCGGCUAUUGUAUGCUACCCGUUGUGCUCUUGUCGGCAGUAUCACUGUUCUUGCCCGGAGGGGUGGCGAUUAAGGUCGUGGCAGGUGUUUUUGUCAUAUGGUCUACAAGAGUUUGCACCCGGCUUCUGGUUGAAUUGGCAUCGUAUGGAGAUGAGCAUCGUGGGUUGAUUGCUUACACAUGUUUCUUGAUAUAUGUGCUUUUCUCUUUGCUUGUGAUCUUCUGAUGAAACCAGGUUGUUGUGUGUUUGGAUGUCAUGAAUUGGUUAGUUUAUAUGAAAUUUGGUACUACUUUAAGGCUUGAAAUGAUGCAAACUGCAAAGUUCAAUUUUUAUCAGUAUCAUGGUAGAGCUUGACUUUUAGGCCAUGUGAUUUUACUUUCUUACUAGGUUUAGUUCUUUCCUUCAAAGCUGUUUUCAUUUUAUUUUAUGAAAAGCUUUGUUGCGUAUUGAAUGAAGGGAUUUUUUGGUAAUGAGAUGUCAAAUCCGAUUGCUGAAUGUAUUUAUGAACUAUUAAUGUUAAGAUUUGAGAUUGAUUUUGGCUUGAUGAAGUUGUCAAAGAAAUUUAUCAAGUGAACUUUGUCAAUUGCAUCUUUUGCAUUCAGGGCUUAUCUUUCUUAAUUAUAUGACUGCCUGCCAUAAAACCAUAAUAUGUUUACCAAUUUUCACAGCUUUUAAUCAUCAAAUUAGCUGCUGUCAUUUGCAAGGUUGGGGAUUUCGGGUUCCCUUUUUGCAGCCAAUAAUAUCUGACCUUGCUUAUUCAUCCCAUCAUUUAUUUGGCUGAAAUGCAUGUUACCAAAACGCAUUUCCUGUCGGAAAAUUGAGGUUAUUCAGCUGUUUCUGCAAAAUACCUUUACCAAAUGUUCCCUUAGUCUAGUUUAUAACUUUAUACGUAGUAUGUGUUUUCAACUUGUUUAGACGUUCUGAUGAUGUCUGUUGCUGGUGCCUGUAGUCGUGGUGAGUUCUGAGGCGGGACGUGGAAAUGUUUUUUUUUUCUGUGUAUUUUGUAGCAUUCAUAUUAGUAAUAUUAAUUCAUAUUAGUAAUAUUAAUACGUAGUAUAUUAAUAAUAAUUAUUGUUGUAUGCUAAAACACCUCUUUGUGCUGGGUUAGUGACCUUAAAUCUUGAAAGCUGAAGGGGGUCGUUGAAAUCCAACUCGGGCGAGGAUGGCUAUUGUUAGGGGACAUGAAUAGGACGCCCAUGCAUCUAUUCCUCCGGUUCUCAUUGUGGUCUCUGUUUUGACCACUAAUCCUUUCAUGUUGAGGACAGACGCAGUGUGAAGAAUCUAGCAGAGAAGAUGCCCAGCUGUGCGGCUCCCUUCCUCUCACACAUAUUAUCUCUGAUGCAAGCAAGGGAUGCGGUCUCCAGAUCAACGCCAGAUUGUUGCUAGUUUGUCGCACCAAAUUGUCGAAUUCCCGAGUCGGCCGGUCGCCCUCACAUUCCCUCUAUCAUUAUCACGGUUUCUCUUUAUGCGAAUUAUUUUUUGCGCCAACAUAGUUACAACUUACGACAAAGUUGUUGUAUAGUUACAACAAAGUACUUUAGAUAUCCAACAAAGCAUUAGAUUAUUAUGCAAUUGGGAAAAGUAAUGUGAAGUUUAUAUCACUUCCCUCCGUCAUGGCCGUUGUUUUGCUCUUUUCACUAAGAGCUACUCAGUCCCCUCUCACACCAUGGAACUAAAGGUUUUAGAAAAUGUAACUAACCCCAUUUUUC